AUGGCUGGGCAGCCCUCUCCCCAGCCUCUUGCUGUGGGAGAGACUAGUUCUAAACCAACUUACGCUUCUUUUAUCUCACCUCAAGCUGUUACGCAGUCCUUAACCAAAACACAACUAAAACCUAUCGAGUUUAACAAUGGAGAAGCCACCAUCACAUUUACAAUGGAGGAGAUCGCACAAUACACAGUAGAAGAAGGUUUACAUCAAGCAUUGGUACUAAAAUUUUCUUAUGGACAACCUGACAUGAAUGAGUUACGCAAGUUACUCCCAAAAAUAUUGGGCGUGAAAGGGAAAUGCUUAGUACGGUGGCUGGCUAGACGACAUGUCUUGAUCAGAUUUGACAGAUAUGAAGAGUUUGUUCUUGCCGCAACCAGGUUCGUCAAUUAUUUGCAUUGUAAUGGUGAAGAAUUUCUAUUUAGGGUGUUUCCAUGGUCUAUAGGAUUUAAUCCUAAAGAAGAAACAUCAAGGGCUUUUACAUGGAUAUCGUUGCCGAAUCUGCCUCCUGAAUUGUUUGCCAAAAAAUCAUUACUUUCUAUCGCUUCGGCAGUAGGUAAACCUAUUGCUAUUGCUAAGGCAACACAAGAAAAAAUGAGGCCUAGCACAGCAAGAGUGAAGGUUGAACUCGACUUGCUUGACAAACAUCCCAAUCACAUUAGAGUUCAAUAG